UUCCACAUUGUAUCGCAGUGCUCUAUUUCAAGAUCAGGGUCUAUUAUUAUAUUAUUUCUGUGGAUCUUAAAACAAAUGUUUGACUUGGGAGAAAGCAGUCACAGAAGAGAAAGAAUUGAAACUCAAAAUAGCAAAUGGCCUCAAACAGGCAUGGUGUUCAGUUUGUGGAUGAGCACAGAACAGAGCUCAUUCAGAGGGUCACCAAUGUUAUGCCCCUGGCUGAUGAACUGCACUCCAACGGCAUGCUACAUAACGAAACCUACAAUAACAUCAGGGCAGAAAGAAAUCGAGAGGAGAAGAUGAGGCUUAUUUUUGAUGCUGUGUCUGGAGUGGACAAGAAGAAGUAUUUUCUAUACACAUUGCUGCAAAAGAUUGAACCACAUCUGAUGAAAGAGCUGGUUUCUCCCCUUUCAGAAAACAACACUGGUACUCACAUGAAAAGGCUUUUGCCGUCCACUUCUGGUGCUUCUAGUGAGAUCCAGGAAAAAAGAGGGAGAUUCCCAGGUCAAAAUAUCAGUGAGUACAAGGAGACACUGCGCACAAAAUAUGACACCUUUGAGGAGUAUAACUCCCUUCCUGGUGAGGAAGUUCCACUGACUGAUCGCUACACAAAGCUGCUGAUUGUUCAACGGCACCGUAAGAAGGAGGAGAAGGAGCAGGAGCUCCGGUCCAGGGGCCAGGAGCACAGUGAGGUCCUUAGCUCCAGGUGUGGUAAGGAUGGCAGCAGCACCAGUGUCGAACAGCUGUUCCAUCCUGACGAUCGUGGACGUAUUCCAAAAGCAGUCAUUCUCCAGGGAGACGCUGGAUAUGGCAAAUCCUUUACGGUUCAGAAGAUUGUUUACGACUGGGCUUGCGGGAACCUCUUCCAAGGUCAAUUUGAGCUUGUGCUUCACUUGAAGUGCAAAGAGCUUAAUCUUUUGUCAGGGGAGAAGAAUGUGAUGCAGCUCCUGGAUUGCAGCUCUGAGUUUGCACCUGUGAUUGAGGAAAUGCUGUCAAACACACCACAGAAGGUGCUCUUCAUCAUUGAUGGCUUUGAUGAACUUAAAUUCUCACUGGACGACAACACGACGUCCCCUACUGAUGCCUUCACACCAGCUCCAGUUGAAGCCACCCUGAGUGCUUUGUUGAAGGGGCGCAUCCUGCACAACUCCUUCCUUAUAGUCACCACCAGGUCCACAGCCUCAGACAAACUGAGCAAGCUACUCCAAGGCCCGAAGAGUUUUACUGAGAUUCUGGGCUUCUCAGAAACAGCAGUCAUGGAGUAUUUCCAGAGGUUCUUUACAGACACCCAGUUGUACGAUGAAGCGUACAAGUAUGUGAAGGCAGACAUAAUGCUCUCUACUGUCUGCUCCAUCCCUGUUAUAUGUUGGAUUGUCUGCACAACUUUCAGAGAGCAUUUUGAGGACAGCAAGGGGAAUAUGAAGGGGCUUGAAACCACCACCUCCAUAUUUUUGCACUUUGUGUCCCUUUUACUGAAGCAUCACUGUCAGGGUUUAAAUCAGCCAGCCAUCACCCUGCUGAGGAGCCUUGCCAAGCUGGCAGAGAGGGGAAUACUAAAGAAGCAAGUUCUGUUGGAGGAGAAGUGUGUUUGGGAGGCUUCAUCUGAUCCUACAAGCGUUCCAUUUUUAUGCAAGUUCCUCAGGAAGAAGAAGACUGGAGUGGAGACCAUGUUCAGUUUCAUGCACCUCAGCUUUCAGGAGUUUUUCACUGCUCUCCACUACCUCAUCACUGAUGAUGAAGAGGCUCGAAAAAAGCUUGAAAAUAGGCUUCCCUAUGGUCAUCACACAUUCACUGAUAAGCCAGACGAACUUAAAAGAUCAAACAUGUACUACAUUGACUUUCUUCCUGUAGUUGAAUUUCUCUUUGGUCUUUCCAAUAGUGAGGCAACAAAGUUCAUCAUGCAACAUUACAACAUUUCUGUUUCACCAACCAUUCGUGCUUGCCUAGAGACAUGGAUCCAAGAAAUAUUUGAUAAUAAGAAUGAUCUUAACUGUAAUGCCAACCUUGACCAAUUCAUCCUUGCAUGUCUUUAUGAGCUACAUGAUGAGCAAUUUGUGGAGAAGGUCAUUCGAUCUUGGGGAUUAAUUGAUUUAUCUAACUAUUUCGUUCAUGACAUGACUUGUUGGAUGCUUAAAUAUUGCAUCCUCUGCUGUCCUCGUAUCAAAGGUCUUGAUAUUUCUGUUGACACCGCAGAAAAGCUUAAAAUCCUUCAACCUGCACUGCCCCGCUGUGAACAACUGCGGUUAAGACUGUGUAAUCUGGAGGAUGCUGAUGUUGAUAGUCUGAUCUCAGUCCUGGAGGACAAAACAGUUGUGACUAAGAUAAGAAUAAUGGGAAGCAGUCUCAGUGAACAGAGUUUCCAAAAGAUCCUCACUGAAGUCAGUAACCAACAUUCACUGCAACAUAUUUCAUUAUCAGUGCAGACCAUCACCUCCACUGUUGUUGCUACAUUUUUACAAUUCAUCCAGAAAAAAGAGAUUGAUAAGGCCGAGCUCAAGUCCUGUGAUAAGGACAGUUGCUGCUCAUCUCUCUCUAUUCAGAGAGACAAGGAGGGCAACAGGAGCUACAGGUUCACUCUGUGUGGCCUGGAGGAUGAUGGCGUCGAUGGUUGGAUCUCAGCCCUGGAUGAAACAACACUUGUCACUGAGCUAACAAUAAUGGGAAGCAGUCUUAGUGAACAGAGUUUCCAAAAGAUCCUCACUGAAGUCAGUAACCAACAUUUACUGCAACAUAUUUCACUAUCAGUGAAGACCAUCACCUCCACUGUUGUUGCUACAUUUUUACAAUUCAUCCAGAAAAAAGAGAUUGAUAAGGCCGAGCUCAAGUCCUGUGAUAAGGACAGUUGCUGCUCAUCUCUCUCUAUUCAGAGAGACAAGGAGGGCAACAGGAGCUACAGGAUAAUUGCUGGAUACUUUCACCAUCCUGAAAUUAUAAAAAUGAUAAUUGUGCCUUCAUGGGGUUUACCGUCAUAUGAGAAAACCCCUAUGGAGCCAGACCCUGCCCUCUCCCUCAGCUUCUCAGAAUCCACAGAGACCUCAGGCGCUGACUGGGUUGGCAUAUUGCAGAGGUUUCACACAUUAAAACGUUUAACCCAAAGCAGUCCUGAAUUCCCUGGGGAAAUGGAGGCUUUGCUGUCCUCCUUGGGCUCCACACCUCAUCUGACAGAAUUAACACUAGAGGUGACCUGCUUGAACAUGAGCUGGGCUGUCUGGACUCUCUCACUCCUCCACACUUGCCCUGGUUUGGCUGUCAUUAGGAUGAUCGAGCAGAUCUGUGGUGAUGAACAAAGUGUCUGUUCGUGUAUCUCCAUAGAAAAAAUCGAAGAUGAAAUAGCUUCACGUGGCUUAUACACACUCUCUUUUAGAAACUUCACUGCUCACUCAGAUGUGAUCUUUAAAGACUCCACACCACCACCAGAUCCAGCCCUCAACACCAUCACACUCAUGCUACCACAGUCCUCGGAGAUGUCCAGCUUCGACUGGAAAGACAUCCUGCUGAAGCUUCACCCGAUGAAAAACAACAAGGAAAAUCCAACAUUAGAUGAGCAUCAGGGUGCCUUACUCACUUUCCUGCACAGUCUCCCUAUUCAGAAGCUUCUCAUAGAAGUGCCCUGCCUUACAGACACUUGGGCUCAAGGAAUUGUCUCCCUCAUUGAGAUGUGUCUCAGCAUAAAACAGUUACGCCUGGGUGAAGGUACUGGUUGGUGGUGGCCAUGUGGCUUCUUACUAGAGAGUGGAGUUCAACUGUUGAAGAACUCAAAAAUACGUUCAGAUUGCACUCUAUUGGUUAAGGGUCUCAGAUGCAAGAAGACCACAGAUCAAUGCACAGAUAAUAAGAACAAUCGGCGCUGCAACCGGCGUAUAACCAUCACGAUUGAGGGAGAAGCUGUGCAAGAGGAUUGGCCCGAUCUAUUUGACUAUGAAUUCUCUGAUGAUUUUGUUGAUGAUUCUGAUGAUUACAACUGUGAUGAUUAUUAUUCUGAUGAUGAAGUUUCUGACUGGGACACUGAGGAUAACACCAUGGCCAGACCACCUGAGGAUGAGAAGGGUGGAGAUGAGGAUGCAGGGUAGAUGUGCUCUUCCUGUUUAACCAGGCACACAGAAAUACACACACACACACACAGAAGCAUUUGCUUUCUCUAGACCCAGUCUAAGCAAAUAUACUGUAUGAUAAGGACAGUACCCCAUGUGCAUUUUCAGAUAAAAUGUUCUCAAUAUACAGUAUAUAUUCUAAAAUAACCAGCACCAAGAAAAAACUCUUAUCUCUUGCAGCCUUUCAGAAUUACUGCAAACACAUUUUUCAUGUCAAUGAAGGCUUUAAAUGCAUUUGUUUACUCAUUUUCAAAGGAAAUACACAUCUGUAUCAUUUGUCUUGUACCAUCAGCGCAGCCAUUGGUUGUGUACAAAAGGGAGUCAACUGUGUUUCGCUGUCUGUCAUCGUAGAGAUCCUGUCCCACCGGAUAAGUGCUUGUGAUUGGAUCCUAAGAUUUCUUUGCUUUUGGAAAAUACUAAAAAUCCAGGGAUCUGCCAGAACAAAUUCAAAUACGCUCUCAGAUUCAUCUAGUUCCCAGGCCAGUAAUAGUAGGCUAUGUUUAUGACACAGUGUAAAAGAUGUAUGUCUUGUUUAUGAUUUUAUAACAAUUUAAAUUUAUUUACCAUGUUGUUAUGACAACAAUUUACAGUACAAAAACUGCGGUACAAAACAUGGCCACCACACAGUCCUGCACAUUCUCUUCGCAGAAAUAAAUGGUGCUGACACAUUC